AUGGCUGAGAAGCGCAAAUUGUCCACCCGCGAUCGUCGUGAGCCCUCCGCGAAGAGACGUGCAUCGGAAGUCGCGCCUCAAGGGUCAUCAAAGAAGAAAGGUUCGACGCCGAGUGUCGCUCCCACGCCCCCUCCGGCUUUACCAGCCACGCCGGCACCCGUUGAAAAACCUCUACCGACGAAGAUUAAGGAUGGAGAGGCACUUCCCACUGUGUCUUCGCCGCAGCCCGCUGAGCUUCCGGACACCGAGUAUCAGUCGAUCGCUGAGAGUGCGGUUCUCUUGGCCUCGCUCGAACGAUCGAAGAAGAAAUGGCUCAGCGACGGCAUCCUAGAGCGAUAUUACACCAAACCCAAGAAGUCGAAAAGGGAGCAAAUCGAGGGUAAAAAUCCGCCCAAAGAGUCGAUGGUGAAAGUUGGAUCAUGCAAUAUCGCCGUUGGACCUCAUCUGUUUGAUGCUAUGCUCUACACUGUCAAAGAUCCCAAUGCGCCGCCGCCCAUUCAGUACACUCCGCCCCAGCGGCCUAUGGUUCACUAUGGCCAUCCCAACUUCCAGCAAUAUCAAUCAUAUCCUCAUCCACCGUCGUCCCAGCAGUCACGUCAGCAGUCUCAUCACUCUCCAGCACACUCUGCCUCUCCACAGCCGGGUUAUCAUCAGGGCCAACAUCCGCCGCCACAACCAGCUCGGACAUCGAAUCAACCCCCUCCUCCGCACCAUCCUCCUCAUCCUCCCUAUAAUCCUCAGUCAGCUCAACGCCCGCCUCCUUCACAGCAUACACAACCUCCGAAACCUCCGAAACCGAGCCCGGACCCUGUCAUCCAGAUGCUUGCGACCCGAGCCGCUUCGGAUCCCGAACUGAAGGCCUUGAUGAGGGUUGUCGCGAGUAGUAAAGCGUCCCAGGAGCAAUUACGAGCGUUCCAGGCUCACAUCGAUGAACUCAAUGCAAUUAUUCGCGCAAGGGAGCAACAACAACAACGGCAGCUACAAGCGCAGUCUCAAGUACAGGCCGGGCGUCAGACGCCGCAGACACCGCACCCUCCCCAGCAAAAGCCAUCCCAACCUCCACCCUCGUCACAAAAGCCUCAGCAGCAACACCAGCAGGCGAACCAGCAGCACGGCCAUUCGCUACCUCAGCAAGGUUCCACCCCGCAACAUCGACCUCAGUCGCAGGGCCAACAACAUUCCAUGCCUAGGGUGGAAGUUCAAGUGCCCAAACCCUCACCGGCAUUCAAGUUAAAUAGUCAACAUCCCGGCCAGAACUCACCGAAGCAGCUUCAAACUCCUGCUGCUCAGAAGUCGGCUGCAACACCGCAGCUCAAGCAGGAGCCAGGUGUGGCGUCAACAGUACAGAUGCCCUCUACUGGAGUCCCUGGCUCUAAUGUUGUGGUGGUUCCACCACCAGCGUCAGGCCCAGGCUCUGGCCCUCCGCAGUUAAGUCCGAGUCCUGCUGUACGCCCGACGCCCAACCAGCCGACCUCAACCCAGGGUUCAACACCGCGCUCAGGCGGGCAGUAUCCGCCAUACCAAGCCCAAUCGCCUGCAAUUCAGUCUCGUCCUCCACCACACGGUUCUUCUGCUCCGUAUUAUCGGCCGGCCCCUCCUCCACCACCCCCUGCUAGAUUUGCAUACAAGUCAGUUGUCUUCGAGUUUACUUCCCCUCUGACUCCAUAUGGCAGUAGUACUUCGGGCCACGCAGGUUCAGGUGAUAGAUAUCUGUUUCCCGAGUACUCCAUACUAGAAUGGCUCCCUGGCGGCAACACUGUCCUAGCAUCUUUUCUCCUUACUCGGAAGGUGGACCCAAACACGCCUUUCCCUAUUGAAAUCGCUUCGGCUGCAACCACCACGCGAGCCAAAGGAAAGUCAGCUAAAUCCAAGAAGGCGGACAAGAGCAACGACAAGGAUAAGAAAGCGGGGGAUAAGGCUGAAGAGCCUGGAAAGGAUCAAGAGAACGGCCAGCCGCAACAGGAACCUACCCCCGCAGAUGCUGGUCCCAAGCCAAGCACUUCUGAACCGGUCAAGACGUCAGAGGACAAGGGUGACCAAAAGGGUCAACCAACAGAAACACCUAGCAAAGUAAAACUAGAUUCAGAGAAGCAGCCGUCCAAGGAGAAGCAGGAAGACGCGGGUAAGACAAACCUCAAGGAGUACUAUCAACCAGUGACGCUACGUAUCUACAGCGCCAACCCCAAAUUUCUCGAGCCCCUCGGACGUGUCGUCAAACCUCCUGAGGAGGUACGCAAAUAUAUGAAUGAAAUCAUGGACCGUGCCGAACGUGCGCCGGACGGGUUCCUCGCCAUGCGUCUUCCCCGCGAGACUAAAGACGAUGGCCACGAGCCCGAGGAGAUAAGGAAGAGCGGCACGCCUGCUCCUGCUGUAAUGUCCGGUGCGCGCGGUCGGGCACUCAGAGGAAAAGCAGCGGAAGAGGACUCGGAGAUCGAGAACAUCAACACACCUGCCGAGGAAGAGGAGGAAGAAGAGGAAUUGAAGGAUUUCUAUGGCCCUCCGACGGGUCUUCCGCCACUGAGGGUAUGA